AUGGAAAAUCUUGCAUUCGCCCUGGUAAUAUCGUCAAGAAAACUGCGACCUUAUUUUCAGGCCCAUAGCAUUGAGGUUUUAACAAACUACCCUUUGAGGAAAGUCUUAGCAAAGCCAGAGGCAUCAACAAGGUUGUUGAAAUGGUCAGUAGAGCUAAGCCAAUUCGACAUCAAGUACAAACCAAGAUCUGCGAUCAAGGGGCAGGCCUUGGCAGAUUUCAUUCUCGAGUUCCCAAGCACUGAGGUAGCUCUCGUAGAAGAAAAAAUUGAUACUAAUGUGCCAAAUGGCGAAGGAUGGACUUUGUACGUCGACGGAGCUUCUAAUACCGAAGGCUCCAGUGGCAGAAUCAUACUUAUCAGUCCGAACAAUUUUAAGGUACAUGCCGCUUUACGAUUUGAAUUUUCUGCAUCUAACAAUGAAGCUGAGUAUGAGGCUUUGAUCGCAGGAUUAAAGCUCGCCAUCGAAAUGAAGAUAGAAUACUUACAGGCUUUUAGCGACUCACAAAUCGUCGUAUGCCAAGUAAACGGAGAAUAUCUGGCCAGAGGUGAGCAUUUGGCUAAGUACCUCGAAAUAGUAUGCGAGUUAUUACAGAAAUUCAAGAAAGUAGUUGUCUCCCGAGUACCGCGUGCUCAUAACUCACAUGCAGACGCUUUGGCCCGCUUGGCCUCAACUAGAGAAGCUGAACUGCUCGAUGUGAUUCAUGUUGAUGUGUUAACUCACCCGACGGUGAGUCGAGAUGAAGUGAUGGAGAUAGAUGUUUCCAGAAAAGUUACUUGGAUGACUCCGAUAAUCACUUACUUGGAAAAGGAUAUCUUGCCCGAUGACAAAAUAGAAGCAAGAAAACUGCGACAUCGAGCUGCCCGAUAUGUCAUUUAUGAUGGAAGAUUAUAUCGCAGAAGUUUCAGUCAGCCGCUACUCAAAUGCAUUGACGGGGAAGAAUGCGACUAUAUACUCCGCGAGGUACAUGGGGGUAUCAGUGGGAAUCAUACUGGUGGUAAUUCUCUUGCCUUAAAAAUCAUGCGGCAAGGGUAUUACUGGCCCACACUGCGGCAAGACGCCUUCAACUUCGCAAAGAAAUGUGACAAGUGUCACCGAAUAGCCACGUAUGUUAACCAACCUCCGAGUGACUUGCAUUCUAUCACGAGCCCUUGGCCCUUUGCGGUCUGGGGCAUCGACCUGAUAGGAGACUCGCUGAAGGGAAAAGCAGAGUCAAAUACGCUGUUGUCGCGGUCGACUACUUUACCAAAUGGGCCGAAGCAAAGGCACUAG